AAGGGGAGAUAACUGUCGAUUAUUUUUCAUAAGUUAUCUCCUCUCAAUUGCUUGACGAUUUUCUGCUGAACUGUAAUGUUGAUAAUAUGGCCGACAAAAACACUAAAGUUCCAAAUGAGAAUGGAAUAUCCUCAAAUUUAUCCGAACUCGCUAAAGAUUUGUUACAUCUGGACGAAGCCUCAUCACUACCAAGUAUUCGCCCUGGUUCCCAACUUGCAGAUAAAUUAGAAUUCAAGGACAGAAGCGGUAAUACUGUAUCAGGAUAUCCAGUUAUAGUAGACUUCCGUCGUAUAUUACAACUUCAGAAUAAAACAAAUCCCUGCCAUGACAGUGAUGUUAUUCAAGGAAUAUCAAACAGUGAUCUUCUACAUGCUGUGGUUGGUCUUUAUGAUAUUGCUUUAUCAGAAAUGACAUUAGAUGUUUUGUAUGCAACAGUUUGUGAACGAUGGGCUCGUACAAUUGUUUUAGUUCAAGAUGUAAAAGAUGCACUAAAUGAUGUUGAGGAAAGAAAGAAAAAGAGACUGCUGCACAAAAACUCAAAAGAUGGAACAUUAUUAAAUGAAGAAACAGCAGUAAAAGAUAAAGAAUUGAAGAAGGAAAGUAUUGAAGACUCCAUUGAAACUGAAAAUGAAAAAGAUAUUUUUGAAGAAGAAGAAUCCCAGCCUAGUAAAUUUGAAGCUGUAUUUAGUGACACUGAUGAUGAUGAAGAUGAAGAAGAAGAUGAAGACAGUGAGGAUGAAGAUGAUUUUUCUCAUGGAAUCAAUUCUUUUAUAAAAUCAGCAUCAAAGAGACGGAAAAUUAGAAAUGAAAAAGAGGAACAAAUAGACAAAAAUGACAUUGGUGUGGAAAAUAGAAUUAUUGGGUGUUUAACAUUUGAAAAGAAAUAUGUGAGACACAGAGAAAGAGUGAUUCAUUUAACAAUAUUGACAGUUAGACCAAGAUAUAGGAAAUAUGGAAUUGGAAAAUUUCUUUUAUCACAAGUAGUAGAUCCAGCUGUAACAGGUCAAUAUGAAGCUGUAGUUGUACAUGCUGAUAAUGGUGCUGUAGACUUUUUCCAAAAAUUUGGGUUUUCUGAUGAUCUUGUACUAAAUAGUAGAUGGAGUGAAUUAGCAGAACAGUUUACAAAUUGUACUUUAAUGUGUUAUUUACCAGGUUUUACAGGUCAUUCUCUUCUAAGUACAGUUAGUCUACCAGGUAUUGAAGCAUUUGAAAUGGAACAAGAAUUAAAGAAAUGGAAAGAUAAAACCUUAGAGUCCUAUCAAGCACAGAUGUCAUGUAUUAUGAGAAUGAAACACGAAAUAUUACAAUUACAGAAAAAGGUAAAAUCACAAGAUGAAAUUAUUAGCACGUUGGCAUUAGACAAUGAAAGAAUCAAACAAGAAAAAUCUUCUCUAGAAAAAGAAUUACGGACGUUUAGAAUAUGGAAAGUACAGCAAGCAGUCAAUAGGCAGAUUGUUUCUAGUGGAGAUAUAGAUGAUGAUAUCACUACAGAAGAUUUAAUUAAUGAAUUACAACAGCAAGUUGACAAAAUGGACAUCCACAAGAACAGAUUAUUAGAAAAUGGUGCACAUAAUACAACACGUUUUGGUGAUGGAAGUUCAAUUGCAUUUCCUUAUAUGCGUGUGCGUAGUCAACAAGAACCAUACGACCAUAUGAUAGACGCUGCUUUUUUCUACGAUACAACUCAACAGUUUAAAGAUGCUAUGCAUUCCGAUCCCAGUAUUAAAAUACAAUUUGAAGUCACAUCAAUAAACAAGUCAAUAUUAUCCUCAGAUGUUAAAGAUUCCUAUCAGAGACAUAACCAGACUUUACGUGAUCCAAGUAUGGUAACACAGUUAUAUUAUUGUGGUGGAUUAAUUCGACCACAAAGAUUACAAGAUAUCAUACUUACUGGUUUUACACAAGAUGAUUUUACUCAUGGAGAAUUUGGGAAAGGAAUAUAUUUCUCUAAAUAUCCAUCAAAGGCAGCCCAGUUCUCAGCUCUAGGAAAAUUGAUUUUAGCAGAAGUAGGAUUAGGUGCUGUGCAAACGGUCACUAAACCAGAUAGAAGCAGACUGGAACCUGGUGAUGGAUGUGAUUCUAUUAUUGUUCCUGGCAGGUUAUAUAAACCUUGUGAUAAUGGAGAAGCCAUGUUUAGUCAGGAAUAUGUUGUUUUUAGUUCAAAUCAGAUUUUACCAUUAUGUUUAAUAAAUUACGAGACAGUGAAAAAAGAUGAUAGCUAGCUAGCUAGCUUGAAAAAAAAUGCUUCAUUAAAUCCUUCCAUAUAUGUGAUGGAUCAGUUGUGAUAUUUAUGUAAUUUAUUUAAAUUAAAAUAAUACCUCUUUGAUUUGAGUGAAAAAUAAAGUGUUGAUAUUGUUUUGUUGAUACAUUUUGCAUUGUUUGUAUCAAUGUUGAGAUACAACCUAUUUUUAGUUGAACUAAAAACUAUAAUUAAAAGAAUUAAGGUUAGAUCACCACAAUUCAACACUUAGUUUGGCCUAAAUCAAAGAGGUAAAUUCCAUUGUGAUAUUUGUGAACAGAUGAUUGAUAGAAAAAGCAGAUAAUUUUGUAUGUAAAUAUUAAUGUCAGAAUACAGAUCAUUUUUAUGCUAAGAAAACAUUAAGAAAAACUUUUAGGACAGGAUGGCAUAUUGUGUGAUCGGUUUAGUUUAGUAUAUUUUUAAAAAAUUAUACCAAUAUUUGCCAAAUGUCAAGUAUGGAUGUAUGAAUAUAUUAUUGCCAAAUAAAUCACUCUGAGAAUCUUAUUUUCUUACUAAGAUAUUGUAUCUGUGUAGUGUAUUAUUAUGUUAAAUUGUUUUCCUGCAUAGCCUAUUGUGACCUGUAUAUUAUUAUGUUGUUUUUUGGGUUUUUUUUAAAAUUGUCUCUUUAAGUCACAUUAUAUAAUCAGAGUAUUACUUUACUAUUAUACUGAUUAAUUUAAUGUAAUUUCUUUUAUUUCAAAUUUUUGAUUGGUCGCAUAACAGUGAUUUAUAAAAGAAUUGUCCAUAUCCUUAAAAGAUAGGUUGCAGGCAACGAAACAUAGGUCCAUAUCAGCUAAAUCAUCCGAGCAGUCGUCAAGGGUUGUGUAGGUAAUUUACAAGACACAGAUGUCAAUUUCAUACAGAUCGAAAGUUGACAAGGAUCAGCAAAGUGUAACAAGGGCCAUAACUGUGGAAAUUAUAAACUGAAAUUGCUUAAUUUUAAUAGGCUUCUUCAUUUUACUAAUCUCAAUAAUGCAUUUUAAUUUAAUACAGAUCGGAUGAUAACUUUUGUAGUUAGAGUGUUAACACGGUUCAAUUGUUAGAGCAUUCAGAAAGUUCAACAAAUGAAAUAAAGGCCAUUAGUCUCAUUAAUGUAAACAAUACAUAUAAAUUUCAAACUGAUCAGAUAAUAAAUGUGGUCUGUAGAGUGUUUGCAAGAAAUUGUAGACGACGGACAGUGGUGACAGCAAUAUCACCACAUUUCCCUGUGGGAGUAUAAAAAUGACUUUUUGGUAGUUUGUUAUAAAGUAGGUUGCUACAAAGUUGGUGUUUAAUUUAUUGUGGGCUUAUCAAUCAAUCAGAGCCUAAUAAUUUCCUGUUAUUAGAAAUAACUAUAUUUCAGAGAAAGAUAAAUUUUUAUACUCAUAGGACAAUGUAAUUGGAAAUCAUUAAUAAAUUGGCACAAUAUUUGUAAUGUACAUCUAUUAUACAUUGUUAAAAAUCAAUAGGCUUGUCUUCUAUUGAUUUUGGAUCUGACUAUGAUAUUACAGUAUAUUCCAUCAUCAAAAUAAUGUCUAAUUUAUUGUGGGCUUAUCAAUCAAUCAGGGCCUAAUAAUUUCCUGUUAUUAGAAAUAACUAUAUUUCAGAGAAAGAUAAAUUUUUAUACUCAUAGGACAAUGUAAUUGGAAAUCAUUAAUAAAUUGGCACAAUAUUUGUAAUGUACAUCUAUUAUACAUUGUUAAAAAUCAAUAGGCUUGUCUUCUAUUGAUUUUGGAUCUGACUAUGAUAUUACAGUAUAUUCCAUCAUCAAAAUAAUGUCUAAUUUAUUGUGGGCUUAUCAAUCAUUCAGAGCCUAAUAAUUUCCUGUUAUUAGAAAUAACUAUAUUUCAGAGAAAGAUAAAUUUUUAUACUCAUAGGACAAUGUAAUUGGAAAUCAUUAAUAAAUUGGCACAAUAUUUGUAAUGUACAUCUAUUAUACAUUGUUAAAAAUCAAUAGGCUUGUCUUCUAUUGAUUUUGGAUCUGACUAUGAUAUUACAGUAUAUUCCAUCAUCAAAAUAAUGUCUAAU